CAACCGAGGGCCGUCUUCGCACAUGCCUGAUUUCUAAUAAACUGAGAACUGUUUGGGAACCAAGAAUUAUAAGAAAAGUAAGGAACUUUCGUAGCCAAGACAUUAGACUAUUUCCUUGAACGUCAGAAACCGCGCGAUGACGUUUUACGUAAUGACGAAAAAGAAUCACUGAAUCGCUUUUUUGAACCGUCUGAAAGAACCGAUUGGCAGAACUGCACCAAGUAGAUUUAGAAAGUUCUUUUGAUGGCUUUAUGUUGCGAUAAAUAAAUGUUUGGCUUGUACCAGAAUGUGCGGGAGAACGGCUUGCACUCUGGCUCCGAAUGAGCUCAGUCGUGCGGCUCGCUAUCGAGACAGGACGGGUCAACCACACAGUCCCCGAUGGAAGGACGGAGACACUGACAAAUACCGGCCAUCAUACAACAAGAGUCCUCAGUCCUUCAGCCCUGUACUGCUGUCCAACAGACACUUCAACAAGGAUGCCCCGGUAGAUGAGUGUGUGUUGGCAGCGAUGCGCUGGGGUCUCAUCCCGGCAUGGUUCAGAGAGAAUGACCCCAGUAAGAUGCAGUACAACACCUCUAACUGUCGCAGUGAGAGCCUGCUGGAAAAGAAGUCUUACAAGGAUCCUCUUCUGAAAGGACAGCGCUGUGUCAUUCUAGCUGAUGGCUUCUACGAAUGGAGGCGAACGGAGAAAGAGAAACAGCCUUUCUUCAUUUACUUCCCUCAAAGCCAAGGAGGUCAAGUGCCUAGUCAACAGAAUGCACAGAAAACAAAAAGUGACCAAAGUUUGGACCAAGGAGAGAGUAAUCAGGACGACAGUGACUGGACGGGGUGGCGUCUUCUGACAAUAGCAGGGCUCUUUGACUCCUGGACUCCUCCUUGUGGUGGAGAGACAUUGUAUACUUACACUGUUAUUACUGUAGACUCCUCUCCAAACCUUCAAAGCAUCCAUGACAGGAUGCCGGCUGUGCUGGACGGAGAGGAUGAGGUAAGACGGUGGUUGGACUUUGGAGAAGUGAAGUCACUGGAAGCAAUGAAAUUACUACAUCCAAAGUCUUCCUUGACCUUUCACCCAGUCUCCUCAUUGGUCAACAAUUCCCGCAACAACUCUCCAGAGUGUCUAGAGCCUGUAGACCCCACAGUUAAGAAGACUGUUCAACCUACAGCCAGCAGUAAAAUGAUGAUGAGCUGGCUGAAAACUGCUUCACCCACUAAGAGGAAGAAUCCUGAUGAAGACACUUCAGAUAAAGCACCUGAAGAAAAGUCUGCAGCAGAGAAGCAAACCAAGCCGGCUGGGCCUCUCCAGCAGUGGCUGCUGGGAUCGGGUUCCAGAAAGAAACCAAGAACUUGAAAACAGAAUCACAAUGUUCUUCAGAAUGAUUUGAAAUGCACCUUGACGUGCCUAAAAAUGUUUGUUAAAAGUAGUAGUUCACCCAAAACUGAUAAAUUGCUGAAAAUGUACUCGCCUCAGGC